AAUCCGCGGUCGAUAGAUGGCGCAGUUUAUUGUUGAUUCCGUUCAAAAUGGCAGCCUGUAAUGGGCACUGCGGGGUAAUAUUGUUCAAUUCCCCACGAUAAAUAAGCCCAUGUAAAGUUAACUGGCCGCGGUGCAUAUGCGAGUACUAAGUCUAGGGUGCAUCCGGAAUGUACACUUUUCCUCGAAUGGUUGAAUCAUGUGAGCGCAAUCAUAGUGCCAGCCGAUCGUGUGUCGUGCAUUGGCCAAGUUUGUGUAGCCAUAUUUAUUGUGUUAUUCGGCAAGACAUUAUAUCUUGCACACCGGCAAAUGUAAUUAAUAGCCAAGACAUAUGACUGUUUGUUAUUGAAGGUAAAGCCGUUGUUUUCAGCAUUUGCCUUCGGCAAAGAAUGUGGCGAUUUUGUUAUCACAAAUGGAAUGCGGCUGCAUAUGUAUAAAACAUUUAAGGACUUUAGUACAAUAGGAUAUGAAAAGACGCUACAUUGAGUUCUCUCUGGUUCUUCAAAAGCGGCGCACAUUUUUUGUUAGUUUCUUUCUAUACCGCUAUUCCUAUGAUUUCUAUACGGUGAAGCUCGUGCAAUAUAUUAAACUUCAUGUCUGAUUCUCUUGUUAUCCUUGGUAACAUACAUUGUGCUGUGCAAUAAGAAUUUUAAAAAGUGAAAAAAGAUGGAGGAACUUAUAUUAUAUCAUAUUGUCAAUCUUAAUUAUUGGAUGAAGGUUUAUAAACCAUAUAUACAGUGAAAAAAUUUUUGGUGGCUUUUUCUAUCUAUUUACAAGAAAUGGAUGUACAAAAGUUUUGACAGAAAGUUGUGUUAUGAAUAUCGAAAGCUUUAUGUAUAACAUUUGUACAUACAAAAGCCUGCUAUACGUGGAUCAAGCAGGCUAGGCACUCUUGUGCCAAGCUUGGGUAAUGGAUCCCGUUCGUCCAUGGUAUGCAUCGUAUAAUCGUCUCGCUGCAAGUAAUGCUACCAGUACGUUUCAAGCAAAUUCAAGCACAAACAGUGAUUUUGUACCUCAUCACUUAGCAGCAACUGCUACUCAAGCUGUUCCUUCAACAACAACGUCACAAUUACUUUUACAAGCAGCUCAUACAACUGCAACUCUGGCGGGACAGCCUUCUCCAUUUAACCCAGGGGGAUUUUUGUCUCCACCCCCUGUGGGAUAUGAUGUCUUCACACCUUUAUUUCAUCAUACUAAUCCAAAACAAGCACAUUAUGUUACUCAACAUAGACAAGCUCUUGCUCAAGCACAAGUGUCAGUAACGAAACAAAAUACUACAACAGAAUCUGAUAUUCCUGUGUUAAGAGAAAAUUAUAGUUCAGCACAUCAACCAACAUUUUUUGAACAUCAGGGUGCAGCAACAUCACCUACAACAUCUACAUUGGCUUGGACUCAUCAGAACAACGCACAAUUACCUAGUCCAUUUGGUAUUUUGCCUCAUGAAAGUGUUGUUCCUUCAUCUCCAGGACCAUCUACCACGAAACCUAGUGGUGUUUAUGAAAAUACGUUCAAUUCUCAGUUUGCUACAACACAAACUAUAAACAAUCUAAAUUCUCAAUUGUCUACAUCUUCUGUUUCUGCUGCAGAGUUUAAAUCAUCCAAUUUUCCAGAUAAUAAGAAAACAGUAAAUGUAAGGCCUCAAUCACCAGCAGUAAGUGUGAAAUCUGUAGUUUCUACAUCACAAACAAACAACAAUCAAAAUUUUUUUCAAUCAGUACCUACUACAUUUAAUUCUGAAACAUUAGCAAAUAAUUAUUCUACUGGCAAUGGAAGUCAAACUUCAAAUGGGAAAGUACAACCUAUCCUUCAACAUCAACAAUCCUGCAUUGUUUCAACUACAAAUAAUACAACCAAUAAAGAGUACAGGAUUCCUCAACCACCUUCUAGGUCAAUUGCAACAACUAUAUUUUUAAAUACAUCUGUCAGAUCUGUGUCUUCGCAAGUACAAGAUAAACAGUCUACACGAAAUUUUGCUUCACCUCCAAAUAAAGCAACUUCUUCAUCUCAACAAAAUAUUCAAACUAAAGCACAGACAAAAAUAUAUCCAGAAUUAAGUACACACAGUAGUGAACAUAGACGAAACGAACAAACCUCUCAUGAUAAUACUCAAUCAUCUCCUAUCAGCUUUUCUAUUAUGGAUUCACGUGGUUUGAACUAUACUGCUGGAAAUAACACAAAUUGUACAAACACCAGUGGAAAACUUAAUAAUAAUAAUCAAAGAACUCAAUCAAACAGUAAUUUACAGACUCAUUCUCAACAAUCACAACAGCAACAACAGCAAUUUCAUGUUUUAACUCAACAACAGCAGCAGCAGCAACAACAACAACAGACAUCAUACAGACAUUAUAUAACAGGAUCUACUACUGAGUCUGAAUAUCAUCAUUCAGGAAGAGCAAAAUCUGCAACUUCUACUGAUUCUACUUAUUCUUCUAACAAUGCAACACAAAAUGGACCUGACUGUAGCGUUGUUGUGCCAAGAAGACCAAGUCCAUUGCAAGCACAUUCACAAGCAAGUCCAUUAGGACAUGUUCCAAGCCCUGCUUAUCCUAUGUAUAAUAGUCCAAUGGCUACCAUCUCUUCUCCUUCACCUUUACAACAACAUACAGAAAGUGGAAAUCAAUGUGCAAGUGGACCAUCAUACAAAGGAAGUGUUCAACAACAAGUCACACCACCAUCACCAUUAGAUGUUACUGUACCACGACCUGCGUCGCAAGGUCAGGUUGUUUAUUCAUCUGUUAUUACAAGGGCCUUAGGUACUGCUGAAAAUAAAACCAAUUACAGUGACAGUAAAAAUUAUGAUAGACAGCAACAAGAUUUUUCACAAACCCAGAAACAAGUUUGCUGGGAAAAUGAUAAUCGGCAACCAAACAAUAAUAGAAAAUUUUCCGUUACUCUAUAUACUGGAGGAAAUUCCGAAGUAAACCCUCAAACAUUGCCAGUUCAACAAGUACAACGAGUCGUAAAUGUUUCUGAUAGACAACAAUCAUAUUUUGAUUCCAAUCAAGUGACUCUACAAGAUUUAAGUAGCUGUAGAGGAGAUCCCAUGAGUAUAGUAAAGAAUUUGCAGACGUUACAAGGUUCUUGUCAAGUACAACAGCAACAAACUACUGUGUCUGUUACUCCAACAGAACAACAAAAACAAGUGGAAGAACGACGGAAAGUAGAUACGACAAACAAAAAAAGAAGAAAUUUAGAAAAAGUUGGACAUAAUUCUUUAAAUGAAAUGACUGGAACAACAACAAUGACAGAAUACUUAAGUAGGAUACCACCACCUGCACAUCAUAAUACAAAUCAACAACAACAGAAUGGUUAUUUUGACUUUGAAAGAUGGAAUUUACCUCCACCCCCUGCUAAAAUGUUUCCUGGUGCGUCGGGUGCUUUCAGUUCACAAUCAACUUUACAUCAUUCAAAUAAUUUUGUUGGCACUCCAGCGCAUCAACAUCAAUCGCUGAUGGUGUCCCAUCAUCAUGCCCCGCCUCCUAUUCCAUAUUUCCCUGCUUUUCAUAUUCCACCAAGCCAUCAUCAUUCACACGAAUUUCAAUCUUCUGUUGAGAUUACUCCUAUUGGUUUUGCUGAAAAUGCAGCAAACCAAAAUGCUAAUUUUAAUCAAGAUAUCAGAGAUGAUCAACCUAAAGUAAUUGUUCCUAACAUCGAAGAAGAGCUAGGUUUUUUACAACAAAAUCAGCAACCAGUACAAAAUGUGAACAUUUUAAAUAAAGAUUUUAAACGAUCAAAUAAAGACCCUAAUUCAGGAUUUAUGACAAGUUAUUUGAAAUUUUUACAAGGUGAAAGAGAACCUUCACCUCCGCCUGCAAUACGUGGUGGUAGAAAAGCAACUUGGAGUAGGUCAAAGCCUUAUAUUCCUAUAGAACCUAAUAAGUCGAUAGAAAAUUCGACAAAUGGAGAAGCAGUGAAAACACAGUUAGAGAAACCACCUCCACCUAAAGAAACACCAGUAAUUGAUUAUACUAACGAUCCACGAUAUUUUCCGUUACCUAAAGAGCGAAAGAAACAAAAUUUUGAUUCAAGCGAUGAUGGCUUUACUAGCGAUGACGAUUUUCUAUUUCCUCCUAAAAAGUCAGAUAAGAAAGUAACAAAUAUGAAUACUUCCAAUAUAACAGAAGUAACAACUAUGAAAUCGGAAGGUAAAUCUAAGAAAGGGAGACCAAUUAAGCCUGGAGGACCAACAGAUAGAAAAAGAAGAGCUGCAGCAGCAGCUGCUGCAGCAGAGGCAACUAUCAGUACAUCUAGUAAAGCUUCUAAAAAACAUGAAGAAGUAGAUCCUUUACUUUUACCUCCGAGGCGUGAAACGUCUAGAAGAAAAGCAAAAGAGAAGACCUCGGUAAAACAAUUUUUGGAUCGACAACAGGGUAUAGAUUAUUUUGAUAAUGAUGAAGAACAGGGAGAUUCUGAUUCUGAUCCUGCUUGGACACCAGCUGUAAAAUUGGUUGGAGAUGAAGAAGAGAAAAAGAAAAAACGUGGGAGACCUGUCAUUACUAAAAAAAGUAGAAAAGUUUUGGAAGAAGAUGAAUACUCUCCUGAUUUUGUUAUUUCAAAGAAAUCAAGUAGGAAAAAACACGAAACACCAUCAAAAACUUCUAAUGUUACUGGAAAGCUAUCUUGUAAGAUAGAUGAAAAACUUUUGGCAUCUAUCAGUGAUGAAGAUAUUGAUAUCUCACCAUUUAAGCAUUCCGAGGAUGAAUUAGAUGAUGUGUCGGGAGAAUUUGUUGUAAUCAAGACAGAUUUAGAUGAAGAAUAUCCUCCACUUUGGAGAAUAGAUGGCAAAACAUUACUGCAAAAAUAUGAGCCAUUUAAAUCUAAUGGCAAGACUUUAUAUAGAAACAUAUCUACGUACUCGGGUUGGGCACCGCAAAAUCGACAUAUAUAUCAACAAGUUCCAGUAAAGUUUUGGCAACAAAGCAAAACAGAAACUAUAGUAGAGUUUCUAAGAGAUGAAAUGAUUAUUGAUGAUAACGAAUGUAUUGACAAAUCUAUGAAAGAUACUGAAAAAUAUCAAGAUAAUUUUGAAGUGUAUAUUCAAACAUUGAUUUCGCAAGCUUUAGAUUCUAAUUUUCUUACAGAAAUAUUUCAAGAACAAGAUGAUUAUUUCUUAUCGAACGUUAAGACUGUUGAUGAAGUAACAGAAGAAAGAAAACAACGGCUUCUGUCUACAACGAAAUGGCGGUCAAAUGUUAUAAAUGCAAUAUCAACCUGGCCAUGUCUUAACGUUCUGAAAGAUUUACCAUUUAUGGAAUAUAAAGGAAAGUCAUGUGCUGGUUGUCAGCAGCCUAAAAUUCACGCCAGAGUUCUAUUAUAUGGUCAACCAUAUAAUGCAACUACAUUGGAAGGUUCUCCUCCUGAUCCAAGGAUACCUCAAGAAAAGGAUUUUUUAUUAUGUCGAGUAUGUCAAGCAAAAAUAGCCCUAUACAAUAAAGUGGCACAUCAAAAGUAUUUGAUGUUCUUGGAAUGUGCAAGAAGAGUAGCAGAUAAGAGAGUAGCAGAUCCUCAUAAAGAUACCACAAUAAUAUUGAACGAAUUAUUAGCAGAUGAAACAUGGUUAAAUCAAUUAUUUAAAGAAGUUAGAACAAUCUGGGCAGAAAUAGAUAAUUUAGAACAUCAAGCAAAAAUGAAAUCUAGUUCAAAAUCAUCAACAUUAUCUUCUACGGCAAAUAGUGCAGAGGAAGUGAAUGAAAAUGUUUCAAUAACACAGCCAACUGAAAUGAUUGCUAAUAUUUCGGAUUCACAGGUGCCUACACAUAAAAUCGAGGAGAGUUCUGAAACAGUGUCUUGCGACGUGCAGAUGAGCAGUAUACCAUCUUAGUGGUGCUAUAUUAAUCGAAAUUGGUUCUGUUUCAUAGAGUACGUAAAGAUCAUCAAACAUUUAGUGGUAUAUUGAUUUAAUGGAUAUGAUGUUAAUACCAGUCUUGAGACCAAACAAUUAAAUAUUGUAUUUUGAGGAUGCUAAAUUUAAAUUGAGUUAAUACAAUACGUUGUGACAAAGGGUGAAGUUAAAUAAUAAUGUGUAAUCAAGAAAUUGUAGUUAUAGUGAUAAGUAGUGAACGGUGAGGUAAGUAAAAAGGUGAUUUAUAUAUAAAUAUCAGGCAUAUGUAAAAUAUUCAUCCUCGCGUAAAAAUUAGAAGUGAGCCCAAACUUUGCCAUUGUAAUAGCAUGAUAAUAGAGAUUUACGAAUGUUUGUGUGCAUAGACAUUUAGUUCUAGCAUUUGUAUCGUGAUAAUUUUGUAUAAUAUCGAGGUCUGAUACGUUAAGAUCUGAAAAAGAAAGACGAAAGACAAAUGAUUUUAAAAUAUAAAGCGUUAAGGCAUAUAAAACACCUCAUGACCUUCUGUAAUAUAUUUACAUACAUCACACUCUCUUUAUCCUUGAAGGUCUAUUUACUGCGAAGUGCAGAAAACUGUUAUACCUGUUUGUUCCUCUAAUUGUAACUUCUAAAUUCAUUGUGCAUUUUCUUUAUAAAGUAGCAUACAUCUAUUCUUUUAUAAUGAUUUAACAAAUAUAAACGAUAUUUAUAUGCAUGUUAAUUUGUAUAUAAACAAUUCGUGCAACUAUAAAAUUUACAUAUUAAAAAUGUUCAGAAGUGUUCCGAGUUAACAUUCUUUUAAUAAAACAUUUCAUGGCGAAUGCAAUAUUUUGAAAGUAUGCGUUUUCUUAUUAGAAAACAUUAAAUACUUUGUAGAACAUUUGUAUAUAAAAAUACUUUCAAUAAGAUUAGAAAUACGUCCUAUGCACUUCUGGUUCAUUAUAUGUUGACAUGCAAAUUUUAUAAACUACGUGUAUUAUAUCUUCCAUUGUAACGGCUUAAUAAUUCAGUAGCAAAUUCUAAGUUCUUCCACCUUGAAAACUUUUAAAAAGUGAUUCCAUUCUCAUUUUAUAAAGUAUGAAACAAAAUAUUAACAUCACUUUAGAUUAUUUAUUUUUGUGAAUAAUCUUGUGACUUUAGCAACAUGCGCAUAUUAUGUAUGAAACACGAAUGAAUGAUGUUGCAUAAAAAAAAAUGUAUCUAUUUUCAUAGAAAUUCUGGUAAUAUCAGUGAUUUAAAGUCUCUGAUCUAAUGAUCAAAAUUACAUUUUUUACUACUUAUUCUAUAAUCAGAAUUUAUAUCAUAUCUUCCUUUUCAAAUCUUACACAAUAAUUAAUGAAAGGUAAAUAAAUUGUUAAUAAAGAGCAUAUAAAUUUCAAUCAAAAUUUGUUUCUUUCAUCAUUUAGAAGCGUCUAAAUCUACAAUGCAUUUCUUAAAAUCUUGUAACUAAAAUAGAUUUUUAUUUUGUUAAGUAAUUAAUAAUAGAAUUCUUGCAACAAAUUUUAUUUCGUUAGAAUAUUAUUAAAAAUUUUAAAAUAUAAGUAUAAUUUUGUCAUUAAGGACGCUUCUACAAACGUUUAUGAAUAAGUGAUAGAAAAUUAAGAAUAAUUUAAAGUAAUAACUUUCUGUAUAUUAAUUGUUAUAUUCUAAAUUAUAUUAUUAUUAUGUUAAAAUAAUUAUUGUCUCAUUUUUAUUAUAGCGACUAUUAUUAUUAUUGUUUAAAUCUUAAGAUUCUAAGUUUCCAAUCUGUUUUUAGCUUUGUUAAGAAAAUGAAAAAAAAUAUUCUCUAAAAAUGAGAGUGGUGAUAUGCGUGUGUGGCGCGAUGUAUUUUUUAAAGACGAUAUAUCAAAUUAUAUUUGUAAAUUAUAAAAAUAUGAUGGUAAGAACAAAGAGGGAGAUGGUGACUGCUAUGAUAAAGCUAUAGAAUUUUAGACAUCUUUCGUAUGCUAUAAUAAAUUGAAGUUAUUGUAUUAGCGAUUAUCGUCGGGUUACCGAGUUGUAUCAUAAAUUAUUGGAGAAAACUAUUAACUUGAAAGCUAAAAAAAUGCGGGCAUUUGGUCGUCAACGCAAUAACAAUAAAGAAAUGUAUGCAGUUACAAAAUAUUUUCUUUUUAGCAAAUGUGCCAUGCAAUAUUUCAUAUUGAUAAACAAGCUAGUGUUAUAUAUAUACAUAUACUUGGCUACUGUACAAGAUAUUUUAAUUGAUAACAUCUUAUUUGAUUUAAUUGAAAAAAUAUUGUAAAUUAGUUUUACAGAAGUAACAAAAAAUUAUAAACUAAUAUAUAUAUAUAUACAUAACACUAGCUAAAAAACGUCAUUACCAACAGUGUAGAAGUUAAUAUUGUUAUAUUGUAUUCUUUUUUUAAACAAAGAAGUGUAUGUUUAUUUUUUUCCAAUUGUAAACUUCUUAGUUCUUAAAUCAUGAUAAAACUCAAAACAUAGUUUCUUAAUCAUGAGAUUACAGUAUUUCUGUUACUAUGAUUUAAAAAAGAAGAUAUGAUUAAAAGAAUAGUGAAACAUUACUUGAA